AUGAUUCUCCAAUAUGUGUAUGAAAAGGGACGCAUUUUGGUUCCCGCGGAUCUUCAAUCCGUUAAUCCUGCUGUUGAAACUGGGGUAUUGUUACCCAAAGGACUUGGAGGGACUUCUAAAUGUGUAAAGAGUCCCAAGAAACCUUCAAAGGCUAAAAAACCUCAAGUUGUUCCUGAGCAGGUUGAGUCGGUUGUUACGAAACUUGUUCGUGAACAAGUUCAUGAACCUAAAGAACCUGCAAAGGAAGUAGUGCCUUCGAAAUCUGGUGUUCUCAAGCGAUUGAAGAAAAUUGAACAUAGGCGUCGUCAUUCACCCAAUCGGCCUAUUGUCGAAGGGGCUCUUGAGAAAUCUAUUACCUCACCCAAAGGUGUUUCAGUAUCAAGUCACAAGAGGAUUCUCAAACCUCAACUUAUUCGAAAAGAGGUUACUAUCAGUGAAAUCACAGCCCAUGUUUCUACGGCAUCAAAGAAACGAAGAGCUCGGGAUAUGGUGAAAAAUAUCAAAAAGAAAGCGAAGGCAUUAGAAGAUCUUCUCGAUGAAGUUGUUGUAGAGACUGAUUUAGAAGGUAAUGAAUCUCCUAUUUUACAAAGUGAGUUUGGCUUUGAUUCACCUCAGAGGGACUCACCAGUCAAGUCGAAUUUCUAG